AUGAGCAACAGAACUAGAGGAACGAGGGGAGCUUCUAGCUCGAGGGUACCUGCGGUAGAGGAUCCGAGAGUUGACGGAGUCCUAAGGGCCCUAGAAGAGAUUGGUAACUUGAUGGGUAGGCAGGCUCAAGAGAGGGCUGCUGCCGUUGCUCAAGCCGCCGAGGCUGCUGUGGCUGCUGCCAAUCUGGCAAAUGGAAAUAAUGGAUUAAAUGGGAAUGGUCACGGAGGAGGAAAUGGGAAUAUGAAUCGUCCGAUGAGCCAACUGGUAGAACAUUUCCUAAAGUUGAAACCGGCUCAGGUUGACGGCGCCGGAGACCCGGAGGUGGCACCUCGAUGGAUCGAAAAGCUAGAGAAAGCCUUCGAAGUUUUGGGGUGCACGGAAGAAGAGAAAGUAACCCUAGCGGUUUACCAACUGGAAGGUACCGCUGAUGAUUGGUGGAAGGCCACCGGAGGAGGAAUCUUUCCUGAAGGCACCGCUCCGAAUUGGACUGCCUUCACCGAGGCGUUUAACGGGAAGUAUUUUUCGGAGACCGCACAAGAGCGGAAACCGAUAGAGUUCCAACGGCUUCGCGGGAACCAGCUGACGAUCGAUCAGCACGAAGCCGAAUUUUCAAGGUUGUCGAGAUAUGCACCGAGAAUGGUUGAAAAUCCGAUAGACAAGGCACGGAGAUUUCGAGAUGGACUAAGGCCCGACCUUCGUAGCCGAGAUGAUAGCACUGAACUUGAGGACCUACAAUGA